AUGAAUAGUGGAUCAGCAGCUCGUGCUUACAAUAGGUCCGUUAGUCGUGAUCUUCAAUCCAGCUCCAAACUCCUCGUUGUCGUCAUUGGAGAGCCGUUUGUAUCGACCCCCUCCAACCCCCUGGGCUAUCCUUUGAGUCCUAUCACCCCUAGUCAGUCUCUUCCGUACGCAUUGCUUCCGAUUUGCAACACUCCACUUAUCGAUUACAUUCUGGAGAACUUUGUUGGGAAUGGAGUGACCGAAGUAACCAUUUUACUUAACCCGGGAUCGGUUAGCAAAGUGCAGGCUCAUCUUUCUGGUACCCGGACCGUUCGUGGUAAACCCUGGACAUGCAGUGAUGCAAUGAAGGUGAACGUACUAGAGUGUAUGCGCGACAUGCAUAAGCUCUCGGACGCUGUUAACGAGAUUCGUCACCGAAAUGUUGUACCACAGUCUGGGUCGUUCUUAAUUGUACCGAUUGACUGCAUAAGUGUUUUUCAUAAUAACUUGCAGGAUUACUUUCAAAAACAUCUUGAGCGCGCUAGAACGAUCGACAAGUACGCUGCCACUCUUCUUUGCACGACCGCGAGGCAGAAUCUCGACUCUACGUUGUAUAAUGUCUUAGUUCAAGGUUUAGAGAGACACAAGGAGGCUAAGCUGCGGGAGGAAACAGGUUCGCCCACCUCUAUGAGAGGCUCUGUCGACAUGGAGAUCGACUACAUCAAGGGUUGCGAUCGAUUGAGGUACCGUAGGAUACCUGCCCACCCCAAAGGACACCAUACGAUGUUUGUUUUGGACAACUCCACUGGUGUCGUUCAGUACAUGUCUAGGCUAGAUACGAACACUGAGGAAGCACCAGAACCACCGUUAAUAACAUUUUCUCGAAAAAAACAGAUCUCGAUUCGGAUGGACUUAGUGCCAACAGGGCUCCUCUUUUGCUGUUGCGAGGCCCUCGCGCUUAUUGAUUUCCACAUCCGUGACAUCCACAGCUUCCUGACCAUGUCCUUGCUGGGACAUACCGAAAUUUACGGGAACGUGUUUGGUGUGCUCGAGGUGCCAGCCUGUCACGCCACUAUCGAGCCUGUGAAUAGCCUAGACACGUACAUCGAGGCUAACUUGGACGUCUGUUCCCGUCGUCUCUUCCCUCUCACACGUGAUAGUCUAUUUGCAGAAGCGCAGGCAAAGUAUGCUGUACCUCCUUCCUGUGAAACGGUCUAUAUGCACACCAGCGCUAAAGCUCUCGGGCCCAUCAGCGGACCAAAUGUGGUUGUCGGUGAAGAUGUAGUGGUCCCGGCGUCGGUGCAGCUCAUAGGCACGGUAAUCGGCAAGCAUGUGGUAUUUGGCGAGGGGUCCUCGCUCACAGGUUGUGUUGUGCUUGAUGGUGCGCAAAUCGGCAAAGGCUGCAAUCUGAGAGGCUCUGUGAUUGGCUGCAGUGCCAUCAUCGGAGAUGGGGUUGAGCUCUCCGGCUGCAUCAUAGGUCACAACUGUGUUUUAGAUGGUUCUGUUGGCAGUAACGAGGGUUCCGUAGCUAAUGGCAACAACAUCAACAACGGUACAAGCUUAAGCCUAUCUUUACACGGUCAGGUAAUUGUGAACAAUGAGUUAGCAUGUUCUGGUACUCAGCUUCACGGACAGAAAGCGAUGGGGGUACCCUCACCGGGGAUGUCCUAUGAUAUUACCAACACCAGUACCUUCGGAAAUAGUUAUGACAACAAAACCGACCAUCAUUUUGUGGGUCCGCGUGGAAUAGGCAAGGUCAUAGUCAAUCCUUACAAGGACCUCAUUGUCGACACUUCCGUUCUCUUUACAGAAGAUGCCGUACCUAAGCCAUCUACAGUCGAGGAGGUCGGAUCAAUGGAUGCGGAGGACGACGAAUUCGAGCUGUUCCGAAGCAGCGUUAGAAAAAAUGUGAAUGUAGCGCUACAUAAACCGUCACACAUUGAAGCAGCCGCUUACGACAUGUCCACCAUUUGCCUUUCGGAGGGUCACAGCUACCCGGAACUGUGCGAAGUCGUAACGGAGUUCCUGAUGGAGCAUGUUUUAGACAUUCACGCCGGCCGAGGUGUGGAGGCUUCCCUCGAAGGAGCCCGCAGCCUUUUCGCGCAAUGGUGUCGGCCUUUUUACAACACGUUUCUCUCAAAGAACGGCCAGAUGAACAUGGACGCCAUGGUGACGACGCUGGAGGGCCUUUGUGUGACUAUUCGGCAUCCUGAAUGUGUCCUCCACAACUAUGCACCGCAGUUGAUCGAGAUAUUGUACAAUGGUUGCGAUCACGAGCUUUUCUCCCAGCGCGGGUAUUGCAUCGUGAGCGGCCAAGGUCUCAUCGCCUUCGACAACGCCAUGGUGCGGAGGAGGCUGAACUUACAGAAGUACGCCGGCUUUGAGGCAAAGAAGAAAACUCCCGUGAUGGUCAAUAAACUAUCCCCCUUGCUUUUGGCCAGUGAGGACUCCUCCUCCGAUGAUGACGACAGCGACUCCUCGGACGCUUGUUCGCGUGACAGCCACGAGGAGGGGAAGGUGCUCGUUGCGGCGACGUGCCACAAUUUUAUCUUGAGCGUCAAGAAUUCCUUACAACCCGCCCCAAGUACUUUGAUGAGGUCCCCAAUGUAUUCCGAGAGCCCGAAUCACAAGGAUAUAGGCCGCCCUAGUCAUAGCAAUCGUCCCAAACUUGUUUUGAUAUCUGACAGUAGUGAUGACGAAGACGAAAGCGAUUAA